CCCUGAGGACACUGCGGGUUGGGCCGGGCCGGGCGGGAAACGUUAGGCGAGCGGGCCCCAGGGCGGGGGGUCGUGCUGGCGGGGAGGGCCCCGAGGCGAGCUUUGCCCGGAUGAGGAACAAAGCGGUGGGGCAGGCGUGCGCGACCCCCGCGCGGCCGGCAGGUGGGCUGCGCGCGGGCCGGGGCGGGGCGAGGGCGGCCUGCGGGCCCCAUGCCGGCGAGCGGGCGACUUGGCCGCCCUUGGGAGGCAGUGUCAGCAGGCCCGGGCUCUCUGGCGGCGAGGGGACGGGGGCUGCAUCCUUCCCGUGUUUUGGUGACCGCCCUUGUCCUCCCCCUCAGGUUAGGUAGCCCCCCUCCCGAAGCUUCUGGAGGAAAGGCCCCGGGUGUCCCCCGGCAUGCCUUAUCUCGCGGCGGGGUGCGCGGCCGCCGGCCCUCGGGAGAAGUUGGGCUGCCCCGGGCGGCCCCGGGGAAGAAUGGCCGCGUUUGUGCAGCGGUUGUAAGCAAGAUGCGGUAGCACGUGACCCUGGAACGCAAACCCUGAUGCCGGUUCUCCACCACCCGUGUGCGCGUUCCUCUGACACUUGGCCCCCAGCAGAUGCAUCACAGGGCUGCCAGUGGCGAUUCCAAACCUGGGUCCCUCCCUGAGCUCUCUGCCUUCUGCUUUGUCUCUCAUGCUCCCAAUGGGUAUUGGGGAUCGAGGGGUGAUGUGUGGGUUACCUGAAAGAAACUACACCCUACCUCCACCACCUUACCCCCACCUUGAGAGCAGUUACUUCAGAACCAUUCUACCUGGCAUUUUAUCUUAUUUAGCUGACAGACCACCUCCUCAGUAUAUCCACCCUAACUCUAUAAAUGUUGAUGGUAAUACAGCAUUAUCUAUCACCAAUAACCCUUCGGCGCUAGAUCCCUAUCAGUCCAAUGGAAAUGUUGGAUUAGAACCAGGCAUUGUUUCAAUAGACUCUCGCUCUGUGAACACACAUGGUGCCCAAAGUCUUCAUCCCACUGAUGGCCAUGAGGUGGCCUUGGACACAACAAUCACUAUGGAGAACGUCUCUAGGGUCACCAGCCCAAUCUCUACAGAUGGAAUGGCAGAAGAGCUUACCAUGGAUGGUGUUGCAGGCGAGCAUACCCAAAUCCCAAAUGGCUCCAGAAGUCAUGAACCUCUGUCUGUGGAUUCUGUGAGCAACAACCUUGCAGCAGAAACUGUAGGACAUGGUGGUGUGAUACCCAUUCAUGGGAAUGGCCUGGAGCUCCCUGUGGUCAUGGAGACAGACCACAUUGCAAGUCGGGUCAACGGAAUGUCUGACAGUGCCCUCAGUGACUCCAUCCACACCGUGGCCAUGAGCACCAACUCUGUAAGCGUGGCACUCUCUACCUCACACAACCUCGCCUCCCUAGAAUCUGUUUCCCUCCAUGAAGUUGGCCUAAGCCUAGAACCUGUGGCUGUCUCCUCCAUCACCCAGGAGGUUGCUAUGGGGACAGGUCAUGUAGAUGUGUCUUCAGACAGUCUUUCUUUUGUACCACCUUCACUGCAAAUGGAAGACUCCAAUUCAAACAAGGAAAAUAUGGCAACCUUGUUUACAAUUUGGUGCACUCUCUGUGACCGAGCCUAUCCCUCAGACUGCCCAGAUCACGGACCGGUGACUUUUGUUCCUGACACUCCAAUAGAGAGCAGAGCGAGGCUUUCUCUCCCAAAGCAGCUUGUUCUCCGCCAGUCAAUUGUGGGAGCAGAUGUUGUUCCUGUCCUUCCACUGAUAGGUGUAUGGACUGGAGAAACCAUUCCUGUGCGGACUUGCUUUGGGCCUCUUAUUGGCCAGCAAAGUCACUCCAUGGAAGUAGCAGAAUGGACAGACAAGGCAGUUAAUCAUAUCUGGAAGAUAUACCACAGUGGUGUCCUAGAAUUCUGCAUCAUUACAACUGACGAAAAUGAAUGUAAUUGGAUGAUGUUUGUGCGCAAAGCCAGGAAUCGGGAAGAGCAGAAUUUGGUGGCUUAUCCCCAUGAUGGAAAAAUCUAUUUCUGCACCUCACAAGAUAUCCCUCCUGAAAAUGAACUGCUUUUUUAUUACAGCCGGGAUUAUGCUCAGCAGAUUGGUGUUCCUGAACACCCAGAUGUGCACCUCUGUAACUGUGGCAAGGAGUGCAGUUCCUAUACAGAGUUCAAAGCCCACCUGACCAGCCACAUCCAUAACCAUCUUCCUAGCCAGGGCCACAGCAGCAGCCAUGGGCCAAGCCACAGCAAAGAAAGGAAGUGGAAGUGCUCCAUGUGCCCCCAAGCUUUUAUCUCUCCUUCCAAACUUCAUGUUCACUUUAUGGGUCACAUGGGUAUGAAGCCCCACAAGUGUGAUUUCUGUAGCAAGGCUUUUAGUGAUCCCAGCAACCUGCGGACCCACCUCAAGAUACAUACAGGUCAGAAGAACUACAGGUGCACUUUGUGUGACAAGUCUUUCACCCAGAAGGCUCACCUGGAGUCCCACAUGGUUAUCCACACGGGCGAGAAGAACCUCAAGUGUGAUUACUGUGACAAGCUGUUCAUGCGGAGGCAGGACCUCAAGCAGCACGUGCUCAUCCACACACAAGAGCGCCAGAUCAAGUGCCCCAAGUGUGAUAAGCUGUUCUUGAGAACAAAUCACUUAAAGAAACAUCUCAAUUCACAUGAAGGAAAACGGGAUUAUGUCUGUGAAAAGUGUACAAAGGCUUAUCUAACCAAAUAUCAUCUCACCCGACACCUGAAAACCUGCAAAGGGCCCACGUCCAGUUCAUCAGCGCAGGAGGAGGAGGAGGAAGACGACUCGGAGGAGGAGGAGCUCGCGGACCCUGUGGGGGCAGAAGGCUGCCGGGUUAGCAGUGCUGUGUAUCCCGCGGACGAGGCUCUGUCUACACAUAAAUGAAAGGAAAAGGAGCCAGCUGUUUCAGAUGGAAAAUACAAAAGGGAAAAACACACAUGACCAGUUAUCCACUACCGUGCUUUUUAUAUAAAAUAAUUUCUGAUUUCCUUCCAGCCAACAGUCAAAACAGACUAAAUGGGAACGGAUAAAGCACUUAUAGAAGAGUAUCCUAAUGAAAACACUUUAAGAAAGAUUGAGAAAAGAGCAUGUAUCCUAUUUUUAAGUGGCGUAUGGGGAGGAAAGUGUCAACUUUUGAGAUCUUUUCUUUUUUUUGCUGUACACGGGCCUCUCACUGUUGUGGCCUCUCCCAUUGUGGAGCACAGGUUCCGGAUGCGCAGGCUCAGGGGCCAUGGCUCAUGGGCCUAGCUGCUCUGCGGCAUGUGGGAUCUUCCCGGACCAGGGCACGAACCCGUGUCCCCUGCAUCGGCAGGCGGACUCUCAACCAUUGCGCCACCAGGGAAGCCCUGAGAUCUAUUCUUUAUUUACAUAAUUGGGUGAUACGUUUAUGCCUGAGUCAGAGCUGCUCUCUGCCCAAACAAAUCAGAUUUAUUUUAAAUUCUUUCAUUAUUCCAUUUUUCUCCCAAGCCACUGAUUUGGUAGCACUCUAAACUUGGUCCCUGCCUUACAGUCGUCCUGAUUAUGGUUCUGGUGUUUUGUUUUAUGCAGACUUGUGACUUCCCAGAAUGGAUUGGAAUAUAACAACGUAAGCUUGUUACUCUUGACUGCAGCUAACAAGUUUAAAGCACCACCUACCUUAAUCUCUCCUGGCUGCUUGGGAGUUUAGGGUAGGUCUUGCUUCCCAAAAUUUCAGCAGGUACCUAGAGGACAGAUAAAAAAGGGCGUAGCCAGGCGGUAGGCACUGAUGGAGAGAAGAAAAGGAGAGAUGCCUGGGCCACUGUCCAAGAAGCUAGCUUUGAUUGAAGCUGGGGUAAGAGAUCUGGUGGUUGUUCCUUAGAGGUCUUUGUAGGUUUAGACAUGUCUCUGUCUCCAGUGAAGCCUCCAGCACCCAGACAAAGGGGAUCUGGGGGUGUAGCAAGCCAAGUAAUGCCUGCUGCAUCGUCUCCUGAUAACAAGGACACGUGGACUCAGCUGGCAAAGUGGUACCUUGGCCCAGGGAAGGAAGGAGGGAAUGAUCCUUCCUAUCUGGCUUACCCUAUGAAAAGGAUCAAGACACCAUUAAAAUGUUGCCAACUCAGAAUGACAGAUGACAUAUUGGUGCAUUUGCAAGAUUAGGCCUUCCCAGUUGUCUACAAUGAAGGACCUCAUCAGUUAAGCAUGGUGGAUGCCAAAGGAUUUGGGAAGUGCAGAAGGUUAAAUGGUCACCACGUGGGUGUGUUUUCAGGGUCCCAGCUUAAUUAUCUACCCAUCUGAUCUUUUCACCUUGUCUCUCAUGCAUCUCCUGCUUUCAGCAAGAAGCAAACACAUCUUGAAGUUGACGGUUGAUGGAACAUGCUCUCCUGCUCUAAGGCGCGACCUCUGGCUGGAGUAGAGAGAACCUUGGUGGGAAGGUUUUGCUGCUAAUGUAUUUAUGGAAUGAAUGUAUUUCAUUCAAAUCUGUAUUCCUCUAGGAAGGAUUAAAAUAAAAACUUUUUAAAAAAUA